CUCUCACACACACAUGAAGACAGCACCAAUGGAAAUGUGAUGUUUGGGGAGCUGCUGAUGCUGUUGUUGCAGUGCAGCCACACACACUGUCACACUGUCUGCUGGUGAAAGUGUUGCUGAACAGGAAGUUACAGAGUAGACUUGAGAGAACGCUAACAGACAUGAGGGUCUCUCAUCAGCUUCUUCUAUUGCUGUUUGUCCUAGCUGGCUUACGCUCAUUUGUUCACACACAUGUCUUGCGUCCGAUCCCAGGAGCUCUACAAAACAUCAGUAAGAAUGACACAGGUGUACAGAAGGCUGUCCUGGCAGGAACAUACUCAUUUAACAAUAAAUCCAAUGAUGCUUUUCUGUUCAAAGCGUCGGCUGUUGAUGAUGCAAAGAGACAGAUAGUGAAAGGGAUCCGCUACGUUCUGACUGUAGAGAUCUCUCGAACCAUGUGCAGAAAGAUGGGAAAUAACAGUGACCUCUCCCACUGUCCCUUCCAAACCGACAAUGUGUUAAAACAGACGUUUCUCUGUAACUUUGAGGUGUGGUCCAUUCCAUGGUUGAAGGCAAUGUCCACAACAUAUUUUACCUGUCAUUCUUCUGAUGCUCUCAAAUGACUUUUGUUUCAUCGGGUCCAUUUGAAAUGUCAUGUCACGUUAACAUCAAACUGACUGUCAAUAUAAUAAAAAAAGAGCACUGAAUAGUGUGGAACAGAAAAUGA